AUGGCUAGCGAUAAAAAAUCAGGAAAAUCUUCAAAAGGCACGAAAUCCAAUGCAGAAAUAUUAUCCGAAUUUCAAAUGCUUCGUAAUGAGCAAAGGACAAUGGCUAAUAAAUUGUCAGAAAUGGAAAUGGAAUUAAACGAACACAAAAUUGUAAUCGAUACAAUAAAAAAUAUAGAUCCUAAAAGGAAAUGCUACAGAAUGACAGGAGGUGUUUUGUGUGAACGUACUGUAGAAGAUGUAAUGCCUGCAUUGGUUACGAAUAAAGAACAGCUAACUAAAGUAAUAGAUGCUUUAAAUGAUCAACUAAUGAAAAAAGGAGUUGAAAUAAAUGAAUUUAAAGAAAAACAUAAUAUCAAAAUCAGAGGACAACAGGAUAUACAAAGACAAGACGAAGAUAAAGACUCUAAAGAAGCAAAAAGAAGUGCAGUUGUUGUUAAUUCACUAUUAAGCAAUUAUGCAUAAAAUCAAAGUUUCUUGUUUAUAAUUCAUAUUACAUUUAUAUUUGAAUUAUACAUUGGUACUUAUUUAUUAAAUUUUCUGUAAAAACAUUAUAGUUAAAAUUUACAAAAAUUCAAUUUUUUAUUUGCUGCAUAUUUUUUAUAAAAUAAAAAAAUACUCGUUGAUUUUUGUUUAAAGGAUAAAUGCUAAACAUUUUUUAUAACCAUUUUUGUUGCAUUUUCAUUAUAGAAACACUGUGGAUAAUUUGUAUACCAUAAUAAAUUUUACAAUAGAAAAGUAUAAGUGGGUAACUGAUAACCAUUAAGAAUUUAGUAUAUGAUUUAUAAUAAGUAACUUUAAAAAUAAUUCUAUUUACAUUUAAAAGGAUUUUCGUAUUUAAUAAUGAAAUUACAUGAACUAUAAAAGUUUUUUAUUACUGAGUAGAUAUCUAUAUAGUGUAAUGCACAAUUAGUAUUUAUGAACUUUUUAUGAAUAUAUCACAGUAAAAGUGUAAACUCAGUAAAUGUUCAUGGUUUGCACUUUUGUAUUGCAUUGAACAAGAAUGUUUCCAGCUUCCUCAAUUUGUAUUAAACAAAUAUCUCUUUCCAAUUAUAGUCGGAGUAUGAUAAAAUAAAAUAUUUAAAUGUUUA